UUGGCAAAAAUUAUAAUUCUGUAAACUUUAUUAUUCCACGUCAUAUUGUUGAGCAUUUUUCGAAAUAGUGUUUUUACUACUAUUUUACGACCUAUAUUACUUAUUUUAUGCAUCUUCGAAUCAUGAGAAGGUUAUAAAAGUAUUAUUUAGAUUGCUUUUUCGUUGAAACGUAUAAUUGGUUGAAGCCCUUGAACUGUAAACUUUCUGUUUGAUGGUGAUGAUUAUGAGAUGCAAUCAAAGGCUAGACGUCGUUUUGGCCCAGAAGAAAAUGAUGAACAUUUUUCAGUGGUUACUAUAGGCAACAGUGCUGGAGACAACUAUCAAAAGAAGGAAGAUUAUAAGGAAAAACCGAAAUACCCGGAGGCAACAGGAAGCAGUUGGUUUCCGAAAAUUCCACAGAAGUUCCUCUCAAGCGUGAUCAGCUCUAACACAAUAGGAAUCGAUUCUUUUGAUUUGCAGAAACAACCGCCAACUGUCAGCAAAAUUUUUACUGAAGACGAAGACAAAGAAAACGAACCGGAGUUCAUCAUGACGGCCCGAGAUCGAUCAACGGAAUUUGCCAAUGCAAUCCGAUCACUGCAAGGCAGGAAUAUUCAGCGCGCAGUGAAUUUACGUGAUCCUCGGAAAGCGAAGCAACUUCAGAGCUAUUCGGAGUUCAUGAUGAUUGCAAAACAUAUAGGGAAGAAUGUUGCAAGCACUUACGCGAAACUGGAGAAACUAACAUUACUGGCCAAACGCAAGACAUUGUUCGACGACAGACCAGCAGAAAUACAAGAAUUAACGUAUAUCAUCAAAGGUGAUCUGAACUCAUUGAAUCAACAAAUUGCCCGUUUACAAGAGGUAUCCAAAUCUCAACGAAAGUCCAACACUGGCAAACAUCUGCUAUCGCAUUCCUCGAAUAUGGUUGUUGCGCUGCAAGCAAAACUGGCCAACAUGAGUUCCGACUUCAAGCAGGUGCUGGAAGUGCGGACGGAAAACCUCAAACAACAGAAAAAUCGUCGCGACCAGUUUAGUCAAGGCCCCAUUUCGAGCAGUUUACCGCCUUCUGCGAUGCGUGGAUCAACGCAAGGUAGCCUACUACUACAGGAACAGGAUCAAGUCAGCAUCGAUAUGAAUAUGACUGUUGGCUCAAAUUCUGAAAGAGUGCCUCUGCUACAGCAGCAGCAACAACAACAGCAACAGCUUGUGCUUUACGAUGAAUCCGAUAAUUACGUACAAGAACGAGCUGAAACGAUGCAAAACAUUGAGAGUACGAUUGUUGAACUCGGCGGUAUUUUUCAACAACUUGCCCACAUGGUGAAGGAACAAGAAGAAAUGGUGGAACGCAUCGACACAAAUUUGCAAGAUGUCGAAAUGAAUGUCGAGGCAGCCCAUGGGGAGAUUCUGAAGUACUUCCAAUCGGUUACAAAAAAUCGCUGGUUGAUGAUCAAAAUAUUCGGCAUUCUCAUAUUGUUCUUCAUAUUUUUUGUGAUCUUUCUUGCAUGAGCUGGCAUAAAUACGCUAUGUAGUCUGUGUAUGCAGCGAUUUAUUAAUUGUUAUUACGUACUCUACACGAAGGUACUAAUUGGUGUGGACAUACUUUGGCUGGCCGAUACAAUUGAUUUUGUUGUUGAUGUAAAUAUUGGAACAAUAUUAAUCGAAGUAAAAAUAGUUAUGCAUUAUAAUAUAA